UGCCCGUCGCUCAAGGAGAUCCGCGACCAGGCCAACUGCGGCAGCUGCUGGGCCUUCGGGUCCACGGAGGCCAUGACGGACCGCAUGUGCAUCGCGUCCAACGGCACGGUGACGACGCACCUCAGCGCCCAGGACGUCACGUCCUGCGACAAGCUCGGCGACAUGGGCUGCAACGGCGGCAUCCCGAGCUCCGUCUACUCGUACUGGGCCCUCUCGGGCAUCGUCGACGGCGGCAACUACGGCGACAAGAGCGGCUGCUGGUCCUACCAGCUCGAGCCCUGCGCGCACCACGUCAACAGCUCCAAGUACCCGGCGUGCCCCGACGAGGUCCGGGCGCCCAAGUGCGCGCGCAAGUGCGAGUCCGAGGACAAGGACUGGACCAAGGCCAAGGUCAAGGGCGAGAAGGGCUACUCCGUCUGCCAGCAGGGCGAGCUCGAGGGCACGUGCGCCAUCAAGAUGGCCGCGGACAUCUACCAGAACGGGCCCAUCACGGGCAUGUUCUUCGUGAAGCAGGACUUCCUCGCCUACAAGUCGGGCGUCUACGAGCCCAAGCUCCUCUCGCCGCCGCUCGGCGGCCACGCGAUCAAGAUCAUGGGCUUCGGCACGGAGGACGGCAAGGACUACUGGCUCGUGGCCAACUCGUGGAACGAGGACUGGGGCGACGACGGCUACUUCAAGAUCAUCCGCGGCAAGAACGCGUGCCAGAUCGAGGACCCGGUCAUCAACGGCGGGCCCGUCGCCGGCCACCCCAAGUCGGCCUAG